UAGAGAACUUGCUGUACCCACGUGGCACAUAUAGUUUUAUAGCUGCUGUGUGGACAUGUCUGCUUUGAUGAGGUGCUUGUUCUGUGGAGCCAGACUUGCUUCUGUUAGAAAGAGCAGUGCAGCUUCUUUAUCUGCAGCUAGACUACUGAGUGCUCCCAGCUCCCGAUGGAGCCAAUGGAAGAGUGGAGGAGGGGCAGUUGAUGCAGUGAAUCAGCCAAGGAGAUGGACUUCCUCUGCGUCCUUUUCAUCAAGAUUUCACAUGCCAGGGGAGAAUCACACGACUGAUGGCUAUGUUGUGACACCAAACACUGCACAGUUGCUAGCUACACACUUGCAGGAGACAGGUGGCAAGGUGAUCACUCGAUUUCCCCCUGAGCCAAAUGGUGUCCUGCACAUUGGACAUGCCAUGGCCAUCAAUUUCAGUUUCGGUUAUGCUCGUGCCAAUGAAGGCGUGUGCUACCUUCGCUAUGACGACACCAACCCAGAGAAAGCAGAAGAAAGAUUUGUGAGAGAGAUCAAAGAAAUGGUGGAAUGGCUAGGUCACAGGCCCUACAAGAUCACCUAUGCCUCCGACCAUUUCCCUCAGCUGUACAAGUAUGCCCUCGAGUUAAUCAACAGAGACCAUGCAUAUGUCUGUCAUCAGCCGCCAUCAGAGGUCAGGGAUCGCGAAGCUCCACCCAGUCAGUGGAGGGAUAGACCCAAAGAAGAGUCGCUGAGGUUAUUCGAAGAAAUGAAGGCUGGACAGUUCAAAGAAGGUGAGGCCACUCUCAGAAUGAAGAUGACAUUGGGAGAUGGGAAGAGAGAUCCAAUAGCAUACCGAGUCAAGACCACCACCCAUCCCCGGACCGGCCACACCUGGUGUAUCUAUCCCACCUAUGACUACGCUCAUGCUCUGUGUGAUUCGUUGGAGAACAUCACUCACUCCUUCUGCUCCAAAGAGUUUCAAGCCAAACGCCCUUCCUACUAUUGGCUGUGCAAUGCUCUUGACGUGUACUGCCCUGUGCAGUGGGAGUUCAGUAGACUCAACGUUUCUCACACUCUCGUCUCAAAGAGGAAGAUACAACCUCUCAUUGACGCUGGAAUAGUCAGUGACUGGGAUGACCCUCGAUUGUAUACCCUGAGUGCUUUGCGUAGGAGGGGAUUUCCCCCAGAGGCCAUCAAUGACUUUUGUGAAUCGUAUGGAGUGCUUCAAUCGGAUGGUGUCAUUUACCCAGAGCUCAUUGAGUCCUUUGUCAGAAAAUCCCUCAACAAGACUGCCAUCAGGGCAAUGGCUGUGCUGGACCCAGUGAAGGUUAUCAUUACCAACUUCCCAUACCCUGAGGAGGUGGAGCUGACGGUGCCCAACGUACCGCGAGACCCUGAACAGGGGCAGCACAUUGUACCCUUUUCAAAGGAGCUCUACAUUGACCGGGGUGACUUCAAAGAAGAGGCUGACAAUGGCUACUGGCGACUCACACCCACCCAACCAGUGGGGCUAAAUCAUGCCAGCUGUGUCAUCUCUGUCAAAGAUGUUCUCAAAGACUCUGAAGGGAAGGUGUGUGAGCUGCAUGUGGAGUGUAAGAUAUUUGAGAGAGGAAAGAUGGCAAGGAAAGAUCGUCCCAGGAGCUUCAUCCACUGGGUCUCUAAUCCUCUACCCUGUACCUUCCGAAUCUUCAACAAACUGUUUACUGUCGAGUCACCUGAGGAGGCCAAAGAUGGCAUCCUGUCUGUUGUCAAUCCUACCUCUCUGAGGGAGUACCCGGGGGCUAUAGUGGAGCAAAGUGUUCUAAAUGCCCCCUCUCUCACUAGGUACCAGUUUGAGAGGAUUGGCUACUUUUGUGUGGACCCUGACUCUUCAUCAGACAAGUUGGUGUUCAACAGUACUCUGCCACUCAAGGAGAGCCCUAGCAACCCGACCCCAGGGCCACUGGGGAAACGCAAACAAUAUUAGUUCAUGCUUGUAUUUUACUAUAGCAUUAUUCUUGCAAUAAACUCA